UCGCCUGAAGUGGCGAAGUUUUUCGGCUUUUCCGACUUGCAAGUAACGGGGGUAAGACGUUGUCGCGUGGGAUCCCAUCAACAGUGCUGCAGUGCUGUAAAUCACUUAUUCACCAAAAGUCGUGACUGGGUCCCCGGAAUUCGCACAGCUCAGUGCUAAUUGACCAAAAUUGUUCGCGGUGACAAUAAGUGCCGAGUGUCGCUUUAGUAACAACACGCAUCGCAAUUUUGGACGGCGGUGAAGACUUCGGGCGAUCGAAGCAGGCUCGGGGCAGUCAAAUGCUGAAGAGGGAGGCACAAUUUUUAUUUAUCUUUGUAGAUGUGCCAGGAAGUUUCCGAAGUUAUGCACGCGCCGAUAAUUGACAGAAAACAUCCCAACCCGGUCAGUGUUCAGUGAAUCAAAGUUACCGAAGACCACGUGCUGCAUUCUUAAAGCGCAGCAGGCGCAUUCCGCCCAUCACCAACAACGGCAGCAGAAGUUAUCAACAGUUGAAGUGCAGAGAGUAAAACCAAAACAGCAUGUUAAUCGAGUUGGCUGAGUUUAGUCAGAAGCUCCGGGAGUACCGGACAAUCUUGGAGCGGUUGCAAAGCGAGCAGCAAUCGUACCAACAGCGGAGGGAGCGUCUGAGCAAACUCAGCCAACGGCGUCGCUCGGAAGUCAGGAAACCAGAUGUUGUAUGCUACAUGUGUAACGCCAACAUUGAAGUCGAGGACACCAACAGUUUCGCAACAUGCCGCGGUUGCGAGCGACUGGUGUGUCGCAACGAGGAGAAACAGUGCUGCGAGUGGAUCCCGGCGAUAGGCAUCUGGGAAUGUCAAAACUGUCAUUCGAGCCGAGUGAUUCAACAGAAAGCAGGCGAGUGGUUGCUCAAUCAGCUGACCAGCCGGCUGCAGAAUCCCGGUCCAGUCAACUUGAGCAACGAGGGCCUACUUGGAUUGAGUACUACCGAUUCAGAUGACGCCCGAAGCUGCACGUCGUCGGUUUCAUCCAAUCAGAAAGUCAAAGUGCGGGAGUUCAUCGAAGAACUGUUAUCUUCCAUGCUAAACGGACCGCUGGACGAUGUCUCCGUUGGCCAACUCAUGGAAAAUGAAAGCUAUUUAAAGGUGUUCCACAGGUAUCACUCACGUUUGAGCAGGUGUCUGUACAACCUGGAGCUCUCGAUACAUCAGUCAUUGUCCGAUCUACCAUUGAUCGAAGGCCAAACCGUGCCAAGCAGCCCAAGCGAUACGCAUUUUGAGCUGCGUAAGAUGCUGCAGAAGAUCCUGGAUGAGGUCGCCAAGUUACCAUCGCUGCUGAAUCACAGCGGAUUUCCGUUGCGACCGGAGGAACAUCUGCCGUACUUCAGCCCCAAGAAGUACGAACAGCUGUUGGCUACCGCUGUCCUCAAUAAGGUGGUGGAGGACUACCGCAAUCCGAAGAACUUUGAACACGUGAAACCGGAAGCGGACACGACGACAACGACAACGGCUGGCCCUCCGACGACUGGAGCGACCUCGGCGGGUUCAGCACCGGCCACCGGAACUACCUUCGACAUCAACCACAACAAGGUUCCUGGUAAAAGCCUGUUGAACGAAGCCAACCUGAGGAAGAUGUCGUUGGAUAAGGAGUUGAAAGAGGACCUGUACAGCCGGUCAUUGUCAGAGUCCGACGAGUCCUAUCUGAGUGAUUAUAUUCAGAAGCACACAGUGCCGCUUCCUGAUCUAUCGGAUACGACCGGAUCAGGACCUGAGGAUGAUGUUCUAUCACUCAAGUCGAACAACACCGAUGGAACGUGGGAGGAAAACUGGUUGUUCAAAAAGCGGCAGCUGAAAUCUACGGAGUCUUCAAUAGCCAUGCUAGUGCCAUCCCCGACUGAAGAAGUUAAGGCGUUGAUCGGCGAUAAAAAUGCAGAUGAGGUCAGUGAUCUUUCUGAAGCCGGGUCGGAUGUCGAAGAAUAUGAUUCAGAUAGUAAUCUGAAGAACACUACUACAGGUGAUACUGGUAGUUCGCCUAAAAAGACACUGGAAGAUCAUACCCAGGACAGUUUGAUCUCUAUAAACUCGAUCGCUUCCAAUGAGCCGGUACUCUCGGAAGCCAAGAACGAACUGUUACUGGAAGAGCAGCAAUGUGCAGUAGAAAACCUGGUGAACGAUCUCAUCAGUAUUGAACCCUGUUCAAUGAAAACAGAAGCUGCCAACCCAGCAUUAAUCGAUAGCCAGUCGAAUGCUUUCUUGAGCGGACCUGAAUCAGUACUCAUUGAAGAAAACAAUAACGUUAUCAAACAAGAGGAGGUGGAAACAGACGACAUUAAACUCAUGCAGGAACGUAUUCAAAAUGCUCCGAAGCAACGAGACGUCGUUGGCAAUGUUCUCCAUCCAAUCGGAAUCGCUAGAACAAUCCCAGUUGAAGGCCACUCCACUGAGUGUGACCGAAAAGAAGUCCCAAUAGACAGAGCACAAUCUAACACCGAACACAUCACAAGACCCUUUGAAACCGUAUCCGAAGUAGAUGUAGAUCACCCUUCUAAUCCCCGUAGCAACAAUUUUAAACCCCUUCAAAGUAACAUGGAAAGUAAAAGCCCAACAACGCCAACUAUCGCUAAAACGCUUGGUGACUCAAAAGCUUCAGCAUUCGUCGAACCGCUUUCUCCACGUCCGAUCGCACUUAACAUUACGGAAGUGUUCGAGCGUUCCAUGAAUCCUCCGCUAACAUCUAUUUCAGAGGAGGACCAUGACCGACAUACUUCGACUGCUCUGCAAUCUACUGACAGUAUCAUCUCUACAACAGAUGAAAGUGAUUCCAAAGCUGUUUCUCUAUCCACAACCACGGUCGAUACCGAUAGCAGUCUUCUGUUGGACUCUUGGGUUGAAAUUGAGCACUACAAAGAGGAUGAGUUCAGCUUGAUUGACAUCGCUAAUGAAACAUCUAAACAGUCUUUGGAUCUGCUUGAACUGAACGAAGCUUCCACAGGUGCGGUAUACGUUUGCGAUACCAAUAAGAUACAGUUUGCUGAGCAGUUGAGAGAACUUAGACAACAACAGGAUGAGCAACACCAACACGCUUUGGAAAAUGAGGAAAUUACGGUAGUGGGAGAAGGUGAAAAGAUCCGUCUCGGUCAAGAUUUGGUAGCUUUCAACAAGAACGCUCCAAGCCCUGACGAGCUGCAAGAGCAAUGUGGCGAAAACGAAGCAGGCCUUGCCAUAGGUGAAUGUUGUACAGGACUAACAACAGAAGUAGGCAUUGGAAAUAAGUUAGAACACGAUAAAGCUAGGGAAGUGGGUAAAUGUGAUGAAGAUCCGAGUUUGGCAUUCAAUGAACAUAAAUAUUUGGAUGUUAUGAAUGAAGUAGAUAAACAAGAAUGCGUUUCAGAAACUACCAAUGUGGGUGGAGUUAAAUCACAGUUUGUCGAAGAACUAGCUGGAAUGAUUGAUCAAAACGAAGCUGAAGCAGUUAUUCCCCACUUUGUAGAUGUUAGUUUAGUACAGAACAAGGAUAAUGUUCAUGAACCUAAACUUUUAGAAUACCAGCCAAAUGAAUCGCAUGGGACGGAUUUCAUAACUACUUCUGAUGAUGGUGCCACCACCAUGAAACAAGAGACGGAAGAUUUAUUGGAUCUAACAGGUUCAACGGGAACUUCAAAUGAGUCAUGUACUGACCAGAUUCCACCUACCGAUAACGAAACAUUUGCUGAAAAAGUAUCAUCAUCCUCCGAAACAACAACCAGUUCAGUGGAUUCAGUGGUAGAUCUUAAUGCUCACAAUCCCAUCAAAACAGAUGAGGUUCCCAAUCAAACGUCUCCAGUAGAAAAUCGGCCGUCUGACGAGUCUGAACAAACUGAACUUUCAAGUCCAACCACCAGCCCUGUGCAUAAUCAGUCUGAUAUUCUUACAGGUACCAACGAAGCGUUAGAUGCAUCUGACAAUGAGCUGCCAUGCCAGUCUGGAUCAUCCAGCCCAACCGACACGUCCACUGAAGCUGUAGCAGGUUCUGUCGAUAGAACCUCGAGUCCAGAAGAUUUUUAUCCUUCCACAUCAGCGAUUUACAAUGGUCAGCUUAAAUUGCAAGACGACUCUGAUCUAGAGGAACGAGAGCAUUCUACUCCGAUUGCUGUCGUUACCCAACAAAUGUGGCAAUACUGUGAAGAGCUGAAAGGCAUUCUAUAUCCACGUAAAGCUCCUGAACCAGUAGUUACAGUAUCCGAAAAACCACCACCAACAACUGAAAACCUCCAGGCUCUUCUGCUCUUCCAGGAAGAGCUACGUGCAGCCAAUGAGGAUCCCUCACAAACUGACAUCAAACCUUGUAAAGAUCACCCCAUACGGAUGAUCCCUACGGACAGCUCCAGAACGCCUGUAUCGGAAUCUCUUCCUACACCGAUGGAAGAUUUCGCCGCUAGGUCAGCGAUUUACAACCAGAGCAUACGUGAAGUAGACUGCGUGGAAGAAACAAUACCAGUUUCAGAAGUUGUAAUGGAUACUCCCUGCACCGAAGAACACGUUGUUGAAGAUACGAUUAGUACAGAUUUUCGUGAUCUUUCUAUACAAACUAUUCCUACUGAUAGCUUCAGCACAUCUGUCUCGGAAUCUCUUCCUACACCCAUGGAAGAUUUUGCCUUGCGAUCAGCAGAGUAUAACCACAGCUUACGUAGAAUGGACUACGUAGAAGAAAGUAUACCUGUAGCUGAAGAUGCCACUUGUUUGUUAACGGAACAUCUUGAGCCGUCAGUCGCUAACGAAAUCCCGACCAUUACGCCGUCUGUAGAAGAGCAUGCGGUUCAGGAAGCGAUCAUUAUUGAACAUACGCCAACACCUGAACCAAUAGGUGCUGUUUCCUAUGAGCGUCAAGUCACUACUACUGUUGAAGAACUAAAAGCUGAUCAAGAACAUAAUCACGACGUCCUGGAGAAUUCAACUGAAACUUCAAAAACUGUUAAAGAAUCGGAAGUGCCUAUUUCAAUGGAAGAAAAAUCGCAGUGUCAUGAGCCCUCAAUUGACGAUCUACAAAGCUUAUCCAAUGAGAAAGAAGUUCCAAUAGAUGUAGAAGUAUCCUCACUGGUUGUUUCACAACCUUCGGUUUGUGUGGUUUUGACUAACAAUGGUGACACUAACCUCACUAACGCCGUUGAAAGUGAUACUAACACAUUGCAUGAUGAUGUACAGUCCCCGAGCUUUACCUCGGAGGCGUCUAUACCGAUUGCAGAACCAGAUUCAUAUCAUUGCCCACCAAUUCCAGCACAAUCUGAACCAGAGAAACAGAAACCAUCCGAAACAUCUAACGGUCACGUGCCAGCAGUGACAACCAACGGUGUCAGUACGGACGAUUCGGUGGAAGACGAAAUGUUAAUUCCUGGGUCUAUUGCCGAACGUGAACAUCUAAAAUGGCGUAACGCUUCGCCGAUUCCCAACAAUCCGUAUUCUCCAGAUGUGCUGCAGAAGCGGUUAGAGGAAUCGAACCGGAGAUCGAGUUUGAUUGAUUUCGAUAGGCUGGCAAGUAGGGAUCCUACAUCGCCAACCUUGGAAGUGCCGGAUGAUUCCGAACUACCUGCUGAUUCCAAAGAGGAAGAUGAUGCCGUCGAAAACGAUCGUUCACUGCAGUCCGUACUCGGAGCCAAUCCCAACCAGUAUCAGAGAUACGGUCGAGAUUACUACAUAAAUGAUGCCAAGCGUGCUUGUGGUUCGAGGAAGCAGACACCGGAUUUGCCAACGCAGUUAACCCACAGCACCGACGACGAGAAAUCGUUACUGCUUUCCCAGAAACAGGAACAACCGACCAGCCCAAUAAGUUGUCUUGAAAAGAAUGACCAGCAACCAACGACAGAAGCAUUUCCUUUCGUCAAGUCCAGUAGCUGUGGAAACGUGGCCGACAAGAACCAAUCGGAGGACAUCUUCUCCGCCGCUCGGCCCAUUGAAGUAAAACCAGAUGAUCCCAUCCUGAAGAAAGGCACCAAGGUGGAAUAUCUCAGUACUCCUGCUCGCGAAAUUUACCUCGUCCCGGCAGAUGAGCCCACAACUCCUCAUUCGUUGGGUUCAUCUUCUGAACUAAGCAUGGCAUCCCGGGCGGAUGAAAGCCUUACGUUUAGUGAAGACUCGGACGUUACUCGCAUUUACGAGAUCGGAACAGGAGAAUCGAAAGUGAUUCACGGCGAUAUUAUCGGUGGUGAGAAAGACACCGGUCAGACUCCGCCUUCAACUCCCACAUAUGGGGCUCAACUAGUCGAUACAUCACAUCCCAUAGACGAAGAACAAACUAUGAACAAAUUGAACACUUUGAAACAGCAGGAGAGCGAAGUUUUGUCCGAAGAGAUUCUUGGCAUUGUUCCACAAAUAAGAGUACCCACGCCAGAGCCAAUCCCUGAAGAACCAUCCAGCCCCACCAUAGAUCGAAGUCAUUUGCUGAAACCGCACCUCCUCAAGAAUAAACCACUUUCUCCGGAGACGAUUAAAUUCUUUUCACCGAAGAAACCUUUCUCACCAAACCUUGGUGCAUCAUCCUCGCUGUCCCAAUCAACGACGGAAAUCCGAGAUCUACCUCAUCACCCAAUGAACCAUUACCACUCGUCGCUGCACAUUGACUAUCCCCCAACGCGACCUGCUCCCAUUCAUCAUGACUUUAUCAUCGAGAAGGAAGUGAUGGAGGUGCUGCCGUCGGUCAAAGAGCUCGCCAAGUGCUACAGCGGAAGUCAGCAGGACGUUAACGCGGUACCGAGACCGCUGCAUAGACCAAAGGUCAAGCUGCGCAAGGACUUCAUUCGUCAGUCGUCGGACAUGUUGCACGAGGAACAACCGCAAGAAACUCGCAGUGGAAUGCCCCACGUGGAGAAUAAAAACCGACGAAUGUAUUGCAGCACCAGCAGUAUAACUGCUGCAGAGGAAAUCCGUGAGGGUCGACGAGCGAACGUAGAGGCCUACAAUCCACCAACAUUUGUACCGAUGGCCCCGGGUCACAGCAUAACGGCACGCAGCCUUUCGAAGCAAAUUCGGGACGAGUUGAAGAUAAACGCCACGGACGAUCACAAGGUGCAGGGAGGACACACAUCACCCGAGCGGCCCAGCAGUCCCGUGUUUGCGCCGGGACACCUUCGAAGCAGCAUACAGUUCUUUGAAAGUUUGCGGGAAAAAUAGCGCUUGGAACAUCGAGGAAGGGAGAGUCAAGUGAAAAAGUAAUCAGUGCCAUCAUUCUCUGAAAUCUGUAAUAUGAUACCAAAAUUUCCGAAGUCUAUUAGUCGUGGAGGGAACGAGUCGCCUAUUGCCGUUUCUUGGAGUGUAAAUUAUGGAGUCAAUAGCCGUGAUCUAUUUAUUUAUUCAUUAAUAAAGAAGCAUUUGAAAUUUAAGUAUUAGGAAAUUGCAUCGCAAAAAGGGUAGUAGUUGUGCUUUUGCUUUUCAGGAAAAGUUGAAAUUAGAAUUAUUGAAUCAAAAGAAUAGAACUUACUUUAAAACAAAA